AUGAGGAAAGCGAGGGACUUGUUCAGAAGCAUUCGAAGCAAGAGCUCCUCCUUCUCCUCUUCCUUCACGACUGAUCGGAACCUUAGUCCGCCGGCGAUGGAGGAUUUAUCGGAGCGAUAUUCUUUUGAACCUGUUCUGCGGUGGAAACCUGAGGUUGAAAAUUACUUCUCCACAGCAUAUGGAGCUGACCAUUUUGCACGUAUCUCCAAAGCUCUAACGCGUCCAUCUUGCUACUCUUGUAUACGCGUUAACAUACUCAAGUCCUCACCGGAUGUUGUUAUCGAGAAGUUGAUGGCGGUUUUGAAAGAAAAUGAGAGUGAUUUUGGUACUGAAAACUUGAAUCUUAGCAAAACUUAUUUAAAUGGUGAUUCAACCAGUGAGUCUCAGAAGUUGGAUGAUUCUGUUAAGGCAGCCUCAGGACCAGUUAAUGAGUUUACUAAUAUGUUUAAUGGAAACUUACAAAAGGGUCCUAUUUCGAAGUGUGAGUUUCCAGGGUUAGACUAUGUUCUGUUUGUGAAGGGGUCAGGGCCACAUGUAAUUGAUUAUGGUUAUGUAGAUGGCAAGCCUCCAAAAGAGAUAGUUGUGAGUAGAAAAUGUGCUGAGGCAGUUCUUCGAGGUGCUCAGGUCUAUGUUCCUGGAGUACUGGCGUGCAGCGCUCAUGUUGAGAAAGGCGAUGAAGUUGCAGUUUCGGUUGCUAUAGAGCAGCCUCUUGAGGGUGGAUGGGGCUCUGGUAUAACUCGAGGGACCAUCAUGCAGGGUUCGUGCACAGAUCUUUAUUAUUCUGAAAGAAAUAGGCUCUAUAUUGGCAAAGGAAAAGCAAUGUUGUCAAGGACUGGAAUCUUCCGUGUGCUACAAGGAGUUGCUGUGGAAAUGUGUAAUAGAGUAUUCAAACUCCCUUCAUUUUAUGAUGUGCUUGAGGGAGAAAUAUUUCUACAAAAUCUACCAAGCAUUAUCGCUGCUCAUGCCUUAGAUCCUAAGAAAGGUGAACGGAUAAUAGACCUGUGUGCAGCACCAGGAGGGAAAACAACUGCUAUUGCAAUUCUUAUGAAAGAUGAAGGAGAAAUUAUUGCUGUUGAUAGAUCUCACAAUAAGGUGCUCAAUAUUCAGAAAUUGGCUGCAGAAAUGGGCUUGAGGAGUAUAACAACAUAUAAAUUAGAUGCUCUGAAAUCGGUUCGUCAGAGUAAUGAAUGUGAUGAUAAAACUAAUCUAGCGGGAACUGAUGAUACGACUAACCUAGCCAUAACAGAGGAUAAUUACAGUGUAACUGUACAAAGUUCUGAUUCAAUGAAGAUUCAAGUAGAGAAAGAUUCAUCUGCUGUUUUAGAUGGAUUAAUUGCUGAAAGUAUAGCUGAGGAAACUGUUAGCAAUGAAAAAGCGAAUGAGAGAACUUACAUUAGCAAAGCUGAAAUCAGGAAGAAUCUGAGAAGAAUGCGAAAUGGGCCUGGACGAAAUCAGAGCACAGGUGGUAGGGGCGAAAAUUCAAAAGGUUUUGCUCCUAACAGCUUUGAUCGCGUCCUUCUUGAUGCUCCAUGUUCAGCAUUAGGUUUGAGACCUCGACUCUUUUCGGGAGAGGAAACAAUGGAGUCCUUAAGAAACCAUGGCAAAUAUCAGAGAAGAUUGUUCGAUCAGGCUGUUCAGUUAGUUCGAUCGGGUGGAGUCAUCGUCUAUUCCACAUGUACUCUAAAUCCCGGUGAGAAUGAAGCUUUGGUUCGGUAUGCUCUGGAUACAUACAAGUUCCUUUCAUUGGCACCACAACACCCCAGAAUUGGAGGACCUGGACUUGUCGGUCAGUUCCAAUUUCCCGACGGUUAUAUUGAGAAGUGGUUAAGACCCGGGGAGGAAGAACUCGUUCAAAGGUUCGAUCCAUCAUCUCAGCUCGAUACUAUUGGCUUUUUUAUAGCUAAGUUCACUGUUGGUUCUAAAGAAACCUGAUGUUGCAAAAAUGUGCAACCUAACCAAAUUUAAAAGUGUUGAAGAUCUCACAGCCAUGAAUUAGAAUAUUUAUUCACAUUUGCUCCCUAGUGUGUAUUAGGAUGUAUUUAGACAUUGCUUGAUAUAUAUUAAGUGAUGUAUUUUUGCAUUAGCAUUGUUCACAUAUUCUUCAAGGAGAGGUGAAAGUGAAAGUAGAGGAAAAUAAUUUUCCAAAUUUUUGUAAGAGAUUUUUUUUUGUUCUUAAUAUGUUUAUAAAUGUUUCAAAA